AGGGCUGGAGUUUGAGAGUAUAAAACAGGCAGAUAACCACUUCUUACUUUACCUUCACUGUGUGCCAUCAUGUCUUUCUCUGGAAAGUUCCAGCUGGAGUCUCAGGAGAACUUUGAGCCUUUCAUGAAGGCAAUUGGUCUCCCUGAUGAGCUCAUCCAGAAAGGCAAAGAUAUCAAGAGCAUCUCUGAGAUUGAGGAGACUGGUGACAACUUCAAAGUGACAGUCACAACCGGCUCAAAGGUCCUUGUCAACACUUUCACCAUUGGACAUGAAGCUGAGCUGGAGACUAUCACUGGAGAGAAGGUCAAGGCGGUGGUCCAGCGUGAAGGCAACAAGCUGAAGGUUUCCCUGAAGGGAAUCGAGUCCAUUACAGAACUGGUUGAUGGGAACACAAUUGUCAAUACAAUGACCCUCCACGGCAUUGUAUACAAGAGAACAAGCAAACGCAUGUAAUUGUGUGCACUGGGGAUAAUAAAAAUGUAAAAGGCAA